AGAAAAUAGCUUCGUUGAACGUUUGGUAGGCAAAAGAGGUUGAUUUAUGAUUUCAGACACUCUAAAGCCAUUACAUCGAUCAAUCCGAGCUAAAGAACUCUGUCCCCUAUAUUGGAUUCUCUCCCCACUGACCAACAGAUAAAUUCAAAAUGAAUCGUGGACAAGUCACUCUGAUGGGAUCUAUUGUCUGUGUAAUGCUGUCAAUACAUUUUUCAGUACAGCUUCUAUUGCAACAUCUUUCAUCCUGGAAGAAGCCAAAGGAGCAAAAAGCCAUAAUAAUUAUCAUCCUCAUGGCUCCCCUAUAUGCUGUUGACUCCUUGGUUGGUUUAUUAGAUUUUCGUGGGAGUGAAACGUUUUUUACAUUCUUGGACUCUGUGAAGGAAUGUUACGAGGCCCUGGUGAUGUCGCAAUUCUUGGGUUUGAUGUACACCUACUUGAACAUAUCCAUAAGCAAAAACAUAGUGCCUGACGAAAUUAAAGGAAGAGAGAUUCACCACUCAUUCCCCAUGACUCUCUUCCAGCCUCACACUGUCCGUUUGAACCAUAAUACACUAAAGCUUCUUAAGUCCUGGACAUGGCAAUUCGUAGUGAUUCGACCUGUGUGCUCCGUGUUGAUCAUAGCUCUGCAACUUAUGGACAUGUAUCCAAGUUGGAUUAGUUGGACAUUCACCAUCAUUUUAAACGUUUCAGUUUCACUGGCAUUGUAUUCCCUGGUGAUUUUCUAUCAUGUAUUCGCCAAAGAGUUGGCACCACAUAAUCCCCUCGCCAAGUUCUUAUGCGUCAAGGGGAUUGUCUUCUUUUGUUUCUGGCAGGGAAUUGUGCUUGAUAUUCUCGUAGCAUUGGGCAUAAUCAAAUCUCAUCAUUUCUGGCUCGAUGUUGAGCAUAUUCAGGAGGCUCUUCAAAAUGUUUUAGUGAUCGGGGAGAUGGUUUUCUUCUCUAUCUUUCAGCAGUAUGCAUACAGUGCUGAACCAUACCGCACUGGUGCAGUGGUAAACAAGAAGAAAGAGUGAUUUGAAAACUCCAGUGGACAUCGAGAAAUAUAAGUAAGGCGGUUCUCAUAGUCCUUGGUUCCUUGUAGCUGUUGCACUGCGAAUGGUUGUAUUAAUUAGAGUCUUUGUUGCUGCUCCACUGCUUAUGCUAGGCAUAUUAUUGCGAUCUUAUUGAACUUAAUGUGAGCUUAUUGUGGCUUAUUGAGGGUGCUUAUUGAACUUAAUAUGUAUAAUAAUAUGAGGCUUAUUGAGGGGCUGUCCAUAUCUGGGGAAUUCAAACAUAGCAUGUAAAAGUUGUGUCUAGUUCAUAACGUGUUUGCUACAGCAAAAUCUGAGAGAACUGUAAGACAAUUCAUCCAAGACAGGUUGAUUUAUGCAUUUGAACAUACAACAUAUUGUUUGGGCCGACCAGGUAUCAGAUGAGAGCUGAAAAUGCAUUUCUACGCAGUUCUGGUGUCGUUGACGCCGUUCAUGGUAUUUAUUGUCGGCAUAAGUUUGGACACCCUUCUUCUAGCUUACCAGUUUCUCGUUUGACAAUCAUGAAAAUCCGCCAACAACAGCACGAGUUCGAAUGCUUGUUACCGGUUAAAACGAGUCAUCUUAAACACACCAAGUAAGCCCAGUCCUUGUGAUAAUCCUCUAGCAGAAUUUUCCUUCCCCUUGAUUUUUUUCUGUCUUUAUCAAUCCAUCUUCACGCAUUUGAAUAUGAUGGAAUCAAAGUGAUGUGACUCAUGUUAUGUCAUUUUGAGUUUUUUUUCUCAAAUACUAAUCAAUUUUAACAUAUUUACUUAAUUAAGGGAAAUGAGUUGAUAUUAAACGAGACCCAGUGUAUCCAGAUCGACAUAAUCCAUAAUUCAAAACUUUUCAAAUCUCAUUAUUUGUUGAUUAGUUUUAUCACUCACAUUCUUGUAAAAUUAAAAGUUUAAUUGAUCAAUAUCCUAGUCAAAACAAAUUGGGUCAAAAAUUUGUUACCUUGCACCAAGUUUUUUUGUGUUGGAAGAAUUAGUGAGCCCUUGUGUCUUUUUGUGUC